UGCCCUCAAAUGCCGUCUAUUUUGCCACAUAUGAAGCAUUUCAAGAUUUGAUCAAGCAAAAAUUUCCAAAUAUGCAAAUGGAGGUGUUAUCGGCGAUAUUUUCGGGUGGUAUGUCUGGUAUUGCCUACUGGGUUGUCGGUAUGCCGCCCGAUGUGCUCAAGAGUCGUUUGCAGACAGCUCCACCAGAUAAAUAUAAGCAUGGUAUACGAAGUGUCUUUGUCGAACUAAUGCGCACUGACGGUCCAUUUGCCCUGUACCGCGGUGUAAUACCGGUAAUGUUGCGCGCUUUUCCAGCGAACGCAGCUUGUUUCUUCGGCAUUGAACUGGCGAACACUUUUUUCAAAUUAGUGGCACCUAAUUUUUAAGGUUCAAUUCCGUUAGCAUAAAAGUGUCACAGAAUAAUGGCAAGCAAAUGGCGAGUGUGAAUAUCUGCGAAAUUUGCGCGACACGAAGCCCCUAACUCUAACUGUUAACUGCAAUGUGCAUAAACGAAAAUAUUUUUAUGAAAUAUAUAACACAUUUUUGCAAAAAAUCUUA